CAACAUCAUUAUUAUUAUUAAGAGGUAUAACUAGAAAUGAAUGCAUACUAAAAAAAAAAAAAAACCUGCAGUGUCUACAUAAAUUAUAAAUUGUCAGUACUGCAUAAUCAGAAUCAGAAUCAUGCACUUGUAAUACAUUUUCAGGAAAUGACUAGGUUUCAUUGAAAUUGUCUUUGAUUGUUAUAUUACAGAUGCCUGUGGAAAACUAAUUAAAUAAUUUGUUGUAAACAUUUUUUACUGCUAAGUACAAACAAAUAAACCGGAAAAUAUAGUUUCCCCCACUGAUGCAGGACAUUAUGGCAGCUAUAGGAUGUAUGACAUAUUACCUCACUGACGUAAUGUGAACAAGAAAGUGAAUAUUCUUGUUUUUCCAGCAGCGUUCAUUUGCUCAUUAGUUCUGUCCAUGUUGCACUGCACUCUCUCUCACUGACAAACCUGCAGCUCAAAGCGGUACAGGCGCACCUCUUGGCUUCUCGUCAUCACCAGUUUUCUUAACUGCUCUUGGGAGCCGAAUCUGAACUGAAAACAACAGAAAUCGGCCAUCAUGAAUUUCAUAGGCUGGCACCAUAAGGCGAUAAGGAGCUUGAGGCGGCUGGUCUACGUGAGCCCUGUCAUCACCAUCCUCUGUCUCGUUCUGCUGUACUCAUCUGACAGUGCUACCAAAAUCUGGAGCAGGACCAGCCAGGCUGGAGUCCAAGGGCAACCCAAAAAAUCAGCUUGUGGCCCAGUGCGACAAGAUCCUCAUGGAGAAAAGGCACCUCUAGUGCUAGUCAAUGGGACUCACACACUGCUGGUGUCAGCUUACCUGGAGCACCGUACAGGAAAAAGAGAGGUCCGUGUCAUUGCUGUGGUGUUGAGAAGUGAGAGGGUAGCUUAUCGCUGCCACCUCUGUUGCGAGGGACAUAACAUCUCUACACCACUCCACAUCUCUGAGGGCCAUGCCAGCAUCCACUGGGACCACUUUGGCUUCCGGUAUGGGACAGCAGACAUCAUGUGCCCUAUUCCCCCAGCGUGCGAGACCCCCUCUCAUGUCACUGUGACCUCUGCUGUUGCAGCUGCUUCUGAAGGUAAGGAUCCACCACUGUUUUUGGAGGUGUUGAACCAGGAGGAAAGGAAGGACUCAUUCCCACACAACUUCACUCUCUGCAUGUCCACUAUGUUUGACUUCACCAAUUUGCUUCAGCUGGUCCAGAGUAUGGAAAUGCUGCAGCUUCUGGGGGUGAGCAGAGUGGUCAUCUAUAAGACCAGCUGUGACGCAGACACACAGAGGCUACUGGACUACUACACAGACAAAGGUUUUAUUGAGGUGAUUCCCUGGUCAAUGUCCAAUCAUCUUAAAGUGUCUAAGAGUUGGAAGCCUGAAAUCGCUCCUGGUGACCUUCACUACUACGGCCAGCUCCCUGCUCUCAAUGACUGUGUCUACAGAUACAUGUACCAGUCCAGAUAUGUGGCAAUGCAUGAUGUGGACGAGCUCAUUCUGCCCCAGUCAGUGGACAGCUGCCUCCUCCAGUCUCUGAAACUCAUCAUCGCCUGCGAGACAAGGAAAACCCCACCUGGCAAGGCAUAUCUGGGGUCAACAUCCUGA